AGUACGGUUGCUCAUAAUAUUAUAUUUCGAAAUGGCCGUGUAAACAUGUUUCUUUGUACGCGACAUAAUAGUCUAUCUUUACAUACCAUUCUAUUGUCAUUUAACGCAAAUAUUCACUUGUCGCCCAUGCAAUCGCCAUUAUCGGAUUUAAAGAUUCGAUUUGUUUAAUCUAAAGGUCUCGUGAACAACUAGUUCAUUCAACUUUUAUUUUUAUCUUAUCCACAGAAAAGAUUGAAUAUUUCCACAGACAAAUCACGGGGCCAUGUCUUUAACGGAUGAGGACGAGCUGCGUAUCCAGGAAGCGUUCACGUCAAUCAACGUCAACGGCGGAGAUAACGUGGACGUCUCGGAGCUGUACCGCGGUGCCCAGCUGUUCGGACUGAAUCCAACGCGGAACGAGUGCGAGACGGCCAUAGCCUCCGUUGACUUGAACGCGGACGGGCAGCUGAGUCAGGACGAGUUCCGAAACCUCGUACUGAAGAUGAUGAAAACCAGGGAGCAAAUGGAGGCUGAGCUUGACAAGGCCCUGCAGGCCCUAGGGGACGGAGAUAGGUUUACCAAGGACGAGUUCAGGACCUUUAUACAGUCACGUGGCGAUGACCCGCUCACGGAUGUCGAGGUGGACGAACUGUUCGCGGACAUCGAUACGGACGGCGACAUGGACACGAUAUCGAGGCAGGAGCUGAUUGCUCUAUUCACGCAGGCGAACAUGUAACAACAAUCGUUUCUUGCUAUCAUCUUUGACAUCUAUGUAUGUAAUAAAUUCUAGCAAGCUUUUUAUCUUCACUGUUUUUGGUGUAUGUGAAACAUUAGUUAACAACUGAUUUAUUAUCGCAAUAUUAAAUAACGCAGUCCUUUGAAAACUCCAUUGUGUAUGUUUUCUUUAUAUAACAUAUUUCUCAAUAAUUCGACUUUAUGUAUGAUAUUUAUGUGUGUUUUUUUUUAAUUUUAAUAUACGUGUUUGAACUAACGUAAGUAAGCAACCUUUUUUGUACGUUACUUGUGAUAAUAAAAAAAAAUACCGAAAUGUUGCGUAGGUAUUUUUUUAGGGAAAUUUCUGUUAGCGCGUUCAGUAAGUAUAACAGUUACGAUCACUUGUGUUCGUUUCUUAGUGUUCCUAAAUGUCUGAAUUAGAUGAAGCCCAAUUAAUAUAAUAAAUUACACUGAAA